CUGGUCUGUCCAUUAGGUGCUGUGUCUGCCAUUAGGUGCUACUGAUGAUGCUGGUGGUGGUGCUGCCAUUAGGUGCUGGUGCUACUAGGUAAACAGCAGAUGGACGGUAGACGGGCAGUGCCGCUAACAAUGACGCCAGUGGCGUUUCUAGCUAGCCAGCCGUACUGUACAUACAUACAUACACGAGAACUAGGGUCUUGUGUGUAUGUAUGUGUGUCUGUGGACCCUGGAUUUAAUUAUUGCAUGUCGUCUAUGUGCAUGUGCGUAUGUGGUUAUUGUAGUGUCGUGACCCUGAGCCUGAGCCUGAGUGCGUACCCUGAGUGCGUCCUGGGUCUAAUAACAUGCUGGCUGGUUGGACCAUGGUGUGUGUUUGUGUGUGUGUGUGUGUGUGUGUACUGCGGACCCUGAGUCUAACCUACCCACCAACCCUGGCCUACCUACCCUACCCUAGCCUACCCUACCCUAGCCUACCCUAGCAUACGGACUGGGUACAGGACAGGAUAGGACAGGACAGGACAGGACAUGAC